UGUAUAAACUCACAUAAAAAUAAAAAAAAAAAGACAAUUCGUCUCAACAAAACAAAGCAGGGGACUUUUUCAGACGCAGCUCGUGUCCUCUCCGUCCGCCGCGCGACAGGAUGUCAACACCGGCUCUAAGCUUCUUACGGCGCUAAUGAAAGUGGCCGCAUAUUGUCCGGGAGACAGAUGGUUUUCUGUCUUGAUUAAAAAUCCGUCAAGACGAGCUUUGGCCCCUCCGGAGGUUAUCCCACUGUGAACCGGCCUGGAAGGGACAGGAAGUCCGGGAGGAGGAGCUGGUUUGUGUGAAACUGCGGGUUUUUUCGCUGAGCUGACCGCGCUGACUCUCGGUCCCUACCGGCCUGGGGUGUGAUUUGACGGCGGGAGAAAAAAAAAAAAACUUCAGACCUCAAACUUCAAACUUCACACUGGAGGAUCUCGUCCGUGACCAACUUGCUGAGACCAUCGUCGGAGGGUUUGCCUGGUGUUGACACAGAUACUGGUGGAGGCUUCAGCAGCGGCUUAUCAUGUAGAUCAAUAAGCCAAGCAGAGGCAAGAUGAAGCUGAUCAUACUGGCUCGGCCGUUAAGCUGGGGUCUCCUGCUUCUCUGUGUAGUCAGCCUCCGUAGCCAACUAUCCAGUGGCAACCAAAGCUCCCGAGGACAGACAGUGUCAUCACAGGAGAGGACAGGCACUUGUGAAGUGGUUGCUGCUCAUCGUUGCUGCAAUAAGAACAAGAUUGAAGAACGCUCUCAAACUGUCAAGUGCUCCUGCUUUCCAGGACAGGUGGCGGGGACAACAAGGGCUCUGCCCUCUUGUGUUGAAGCCUCCAUUGUGCAUCAGAAGUGGUGGUGUAAAAUGGAGCCGUGUCUGGAGGAGGAGGAGUGCCGAGUUCUCCCUGACCUCACUGGCUGGUCAUGCAUCUCUGGGAACAAAGUAAAGACCACAAAGGUGGCGCGGUAACAAGACAGAAGCUCCAUCUACGAGCACGUCCCAGCCUGCAGCGGUCACUUUAACUAACCCUGGACUCUGAAGACAGUUAAUGCUCCAUCAGACAGAGAAAAGAACAAUACAGAUUUAAUUAGAUAUCUCCUGGCUAAGUUCUAAACUGCAGGAACUCAUUAUUUUAAUUUCCUUUGGCUGGAACACAAUUCUAGUUGGGGUAAAUCCCAUGGAGUGGACAGUCUGUUUGCAAAUGAUUUAAGAUAAAAAAAUAAUGCAGCACCUUUUUCCAGUCCAAACAGACUGCUCCUGCAAAAGUCUGUAUCAUUGUUUCGGUGCUUAAUAUGCAGGGCCCAUUGUGAUGCACUCAAUCAAAGUUUGGAUGGGCCCGCUGGCAGACACUUAGAAAGAGAUUUUGUGGAUUUUCACGAGGCAGAAUGUGAAUCCAGUCAGUGACUUGUGUCUCUCUCUCCGCUGAUUAAAGCAGAGGACCACAAAUACUGAGAAAUGUAUGAUUAUGUAGCAUUUUGUAGAUAAUGCUUACCCGUAGACGUACUCUGAGUUUUGUAAAGAGGUGAGAUCCCUUUGGACCUAACCUCACCAUGAAAAGGCACUCUCACAAACAUGCCUGCACACACACACACACACGCACACACAGACACACACAGCCACGCACAAACACACGUACACACACGAAGGCUGCUUUUUGACUCCACUGCUCGGACAGGUCACCACCUGCAACGCUGUGGUGGCAUGCACAUAAGCAUGAAGCCCUGAUGCAAAACAAGGACUGUUUGAAAUGCUAACCAUGGGGAGAAAGGGGAGAUAGAAGAGAAGAGGAGCUUCUCCACUGCUGAGAGUAUUUACAUCAUGCUUUUGUUUGUCUCUUUAAACUGAGUGCUCCUGUGGUGGGGACUCCGCUCAUAGUAAUAAUGGGAAACAUUGGCCAUUCUCUUUCCCUUGAAGCAAAUUGUAGCUACUAACAGAGCAGAACGUUUAUCGUUUAUUACCACUUCAUCAGUUGUCGUCUGUAUAUGAAUAAUAUUCCUUCUGGACCCACCCUUAUUGCCUCUCUUUUAUCGCUUGAGUUCAGUCAGACAUUUUGCUUUUUACCUUUGCAGUGAAUAAACAUUUUUAUAAUAACACAAGUACAGCAACUGCAAACCAUCCUAUCUGAGGCAUCAGAUUUGUCUGAAUGCCACAUGCUGUGCUAGUUGAAAGCAGCUGAAUUCUAAGUAGUUUGCUCAACGUUUAGCUAACGCAAUUAUGCAUGAUUUUUUUGUAGCGACAAGAUUCCUCACUGAGCUGUCAUGCAGUCCCAGGCAAUUUAUGCAUGGGUUUGCUUUGUAAACACUGAAGUUGUUACUAUUAUUUAAUGCUUGGAGUGUUGUCAAAAUGGUAAAAACAAUAUCAUUAUAUGAAUUUUAACAUUCAUAUAAUGAUAUUCAGAUAUGUAGGAUAUUUUAAAGAACUCCUCACUUAAACAAAUGAUGUCAACCAGAGUAAUAUGCCUUUAGUGACUCAUUUUGUAGAUUCACCGAAAGCUUAUUUCACAACUAAUUGUUCUUGUAAACGCUGUGAUUCUGUUCAGGAGCUUUGUAAACAGCAGUGUCUCCAUCAUACCUGUGUGUCAUAUCGUAGCUACUUUUAUAAACCCACCAGAAGCUUGUGAUGCAUCUGACGACAGUAUGAGAAAAAACUGAUCUGCCAACAUCGCUCAGAUAAAGUAGAAUGAUGGUAAUUCAACAUUAAUGUCUACAAAAAACCCUGGCUGUAUUAAAAUGUAAUGAUCUAUGUAAAGGAUAGAGACACUAACAGAAACUUCUCACAAUAUAAUGCAAUCCACUCCAAUAAUGCCACAAGCUACUUUAUGGCAUCAAAAUGAAAUGAGGUAAAGGUAGAACACAGUACAUUGUAAAGAAGUUGAAUUGGAUUGUAAUACACUGCACAGGUGUUGGUGCACCCAGUUUAAGAUAUCGAGGAGUCCUUGAAUGACCUUCACUUACGCCAUUGCUCAGAACAUUCAGACCAGAUGAGUUACUCAGCAUGUAACCCCACCUCUUAAAUGUUCAAACGAGCAACAAGAAAAAAUAAUAACAUAACAAUAACCAUUCUCUGGUUCCAGCAUCUCAGUUGUGAGGAUUUCCUGCUUUUCUUUGUCUUAUGUCAUCAUUAAUUCAGUAAAUUUUGAGUGUUGGUCGAAUACGCAACCUGAAGACAUAACUUUGGGCUUUAGAAACUUGUCAUGGGAACCUAUUGGUAUUUUCUGGCAACCUACAAACCAAAAGGUUAAUCAUGAAAAUA